AUGGCUGAGAACCCUGGCUUGGAGAACCACCGCAUCAAGAGCUUCAAGUACAAGGACCGAGAUGUGGAAACAACGCGAAGACACAGAAAUGAAGUGACAGUUGAGCUACAGAAGAACAAAAGAGAUGAACACUUACUGAAAAAGAGAAAUGUUCCCCAAGAAGAAAGUUUAGAAGAUUCUGAUGUUGAUGCUGAUUUUAAAGCACAAAAUGUAACACUAGAAGCUAUAUUGCGGAAUGCCACAAGUGAUAACCCAGUGGUCCAAUUGAGUGCUGUCUAGGCAGCAAGAAAACUGUUAUCCAGUGACAGAAACCCACCCACUGAUGACUUAAUAAAAUCUGGAAUUUUACCAAUUGUAGUCAAAUGUUUAGAAAGGGAUGAUAACCCUUCAUUACAGUUUGAAGCUGCAUGGGCCCUAACCAAUAUAGCAUUAGGAACUUCUGCGCAGACUCAAGCUGUUGUACAGUCCAAUGCAGUACCUCUUUUUCUAAGACUUCUCCAUUCACCACAUCAGAAUAUUUGUGAACAAGCAGUAUGGGCUUUGGGAAAUAUUAUAGAUGAUGGUCCUCAAUGUAGAGAUUAUAUUAUAUCACUGGGAGUUGUCAAACCUCUUCUGUCCUUCAUCAAUCCCUCCAUUCCCAUCACCUUCCUUCAGAACGUCACAUGGGUCAUUGUAAAUCUCUGCAGGAAUAAGGAACCCCCACUGCCUAUGGAGACAGUUCAGGAGAUUUUGCCAGCCUUAUGUAUCCUCAUAUACCAUACAGACAUAAAUAUUCUUGUAGACACUGUUUGGGCUUUGUCAUACUUGACAGAUGGAGGGAAUGAACAGAUACAAAUGGUGAUUGAUUCAGGUGUUGUGCCAUUUCUGGUGCCCCUUCUGAGCCACCAGGAAGUGAAAGUUCAAACUGCAGCACUCAGGGCGGUUGGCAACAUUGUGACAGGCACUGAUGAGCAGACACAGGUUGUACUCAACUGUGAUGUCCUGUCACACUUCCCCAAUCUUCUGUCACACCCAAAGGAGAAGAUAAAUAAGGAAGCGGUUUGGUUCCUUUCCAACAUAACAGCAGGCAAUCAGCAACAAGUUCAAGCUGUAAUAGAUGCUGGAUUAAUCCCUAUGAUUAUUCAUCAGCUUGCUAAGGGGGACUUUGGAACACAAAAAGAAGCUGCAUGGGCAAUUAGCAAUUUAACAAUAAGUGGCAGAAAAGAUCAGGUUGAGUACCUUGUCCAACAGAAUGUAAUACCACCAUUUUGUAAUUUACUGUCAGUUAAAGAUUCUCAAGUGGUUCAGGUGGUUCUAGAUGCUAAAAACAUUCUGAUAAUGGCUGGUGAUGAAGCAAGCACAAUAGCUGAAAUAAUAGAAGAAUGUGGAGGUUUGGAGAAAAUUGAAGUUUUGCAGCAACAUGAAAAUGAAGAUAUAUAUACAUUAGCAUUUGAAAUCAUAGAUCAAUAUUUCUCUGGUGAAGAUAUUGAUGAAGAUCCUAGCCUCAUUCCUGAAGCAACACAAGGAGGUACUUACAAUUUUGACCCAACAGCCAACCUUCAAACAAAAGAAUUUAAUUUUUAA